UUCAGACCGAGUACAACUUUUUCAAAGCUCAUUUUGUGAUAGAUUCGUAUAUGUUGUUCAACAUUAUGAAAGACUAGUCUGGUAAAUAGCUGCUUGACGAAAUUGAUUACAGAAUAUUACCAUGAACAGAGAUAGGCCCACUUGUUGUCUUGGAAUGAGUUAUGUUUUACCACUAUAUAGGAUGAAUGUAGACAACAUUUGGGAUAUAGGAUGACAUCGUCAAUCCUAUAGGAUCAUCUUCCGAUGCAGAUUUUACGAUUAGGUUUCCACCGACAUGCACUUAUUUUAGGAAUGAAGUCAAACAACGGGUUUAUCUGCUGAAAUAUAGACGACAGCAAAGACGACGCUUGGAUUAACGUGGGAAUACUGCAGUUGUCCGACAGGGUCAAUGGCGUAGAUUAGGAUGUGCAAUAAAAGCACUGGGCGAGAUAUUUGUCACAUUUUAUGGUGGGAUAUGGUGACACACAGCGACCGCCUGUUGCAGGAUAUUUACAUCAUAAAAAGUAUAACGCAUACUUCACCUUGCCCCGUGAAUUCUUUGUGCUUACACGGACAAGUUGCUAUAUGAUAUUUGUUUGAAUCGGACUUCGUUCAAAAUUUCCGCUACCUGUACAUAGCAGCAACAAACUGUGACCGGAUUGGGGUAAUUGAAACCACGCUGGUAAAGCGAACAUCACCAUGUCGCUCUCUUCUAAAUCGGCUGGGUACACUAAUGGCGCCUUUGAAUGUCCUGUCGACGAGGAGAAAAACAGCCAACAUUUGGAAAGCAAACGCCAUUCAAAUUCUACUGAUACCAGCACAUCAGUGGGAUCCGGUGUCCCAAAUGUUUUGGACACUGAGAGUGAUCAGCAACCGCAACGAGAAAACUGGGAAAGUCCAGCUGAGUUUCUCUUGUCAUGCAUAUCAAUGUCUGUUGGUUUGGGGAAUAUUUGGCGAUUCCCUUACGUCGCGUAUGCAAAUGGAGGUGGAGCUUUUCUUAUACCCUAUCUCAUCGUGUUGUUCUUCAUCGGACGUCCACUCUACUUUCUCGAAAUGAUUCUGGGACAAUUUUCAAGUGCGGGUUCAGUCAAAGUAUGGGAAGUUGUUCCUAUUGUAAAAGGUAUUGGAUAUGGGCAAGCGUUAGCAACUUGGUACGUCGUUACGUAUUAUUGCGUCCUAAUGGCGAUGGCGUUCUUUUACCUGUUCUCUUCGUUCCAAGCAGUCCUACCUUGGACUGUUUGCAAGCCGGAAUGGACCACGAAUGAAACCGAUUGUUAUAGUAGUAGUGAUAAUUUGACUGCAUUGAACAUAACAAACACGUCAAAAUCAAGUGCUGAACUGUUCUUUUAUAAAGAUGUGUUGAAACUUGCGGAAAAUUUCGACGAUGGAUUGGGACCUCCAGAAUGGCGGUUGAGUCUCUGUCUUCUACUUUGUUGGAUACUGAUUUUCGCUACCCUCGCCAAAGGAGUGUCUGCAUCGGGAAAAGUGGCUUACUUCACUGCACUCUUCCCGUACGCGGUAUUAAUCACUCUGUUGGUCAGAGGUGUAACACUACCUGGAGCAAGUGAAGGGAUUCUGUAUUUCGUCACUCCUCAGUGGGAAAAAAUUGCAACAGCUGAGGUAUGGUACGCAGCUGUGACGCAAUGUUUUUUCUCCUUGUCGGUGGGUUUCGGUCCCAUCAUCACCUUUUCUAGCUACAACCCAUUCCGUCAUCCAAUUUACAGGGAUUCGACGAUCGUCAGCUUGGCUGACACGGGAACUAGCAUCUUAGCUGGAAUAACAAUCUUUUCGAUUUUGGGCAAUUUGGCUUACGAAUCGGGCAAACCUAUCGAAUCAGUCGUACAAGGAGGGACAGGUUUAGCGUUCAUUUCCUAUCCAGAAGCUAUUUCCAAAUUCGAUGCUGUCCCACAGUUGUUCGCUGUUCUUUUCUUCCUGAUGCUUAUCACGCUGGCCAUCGGGAGUGCUGCGGGAUUGACAAGCUGCGUCAUCACCAUCCUCUGUGACGAUUUUCCAUCCGUUAAACGUUGGAUCAUUACCGCUAUCAUUUCUGUUAUCAGUUUCUUCAUCGGGUUAAUCUACAUAACACCUGCAGGUCCUUACGUCCUGGAUCUUGUGGAUUAUUUUGGAGGGGGUUUCAUCAUUUACGUUCUCGUCAUUGUUCAAACUAUUGCUGUUUGUUGGAUUUACGGGCUGCACAAAAUCUUGAGGGAUGCACGGUUCAUGUUGAACUUAGGUUUGGGCAUUUAUUGGAAGUAUACCUGGUGCAUUUUCAUCCCGAUUGCUCUGGUGGUCAUCUUCAUCUAUGCGAUGGUCAGUUAUGUGCCGAUGAAGACGGGUGACGGGCAAGAUUAUCCAUCCGGAGUUUCAGCCAUCGGUUGGAUUCUUGCUGCAGUUGCGAUUUUGCAAAUUCCUUGCUGGGGUAUUUACGUAGUAUAUAAGCAGAGAUCCACGCUUAUGGAUGCACAAUUGCUCGGAUUCAGCAACAUAACUAGCUAUUCACAAUGGGGAUUAUUGGCAAAUAGGAGAAAGUAUAUUACUGAUAAAUUCCGGAUUAGUUUGCGCGCAUCUCCAGAAUGGGGUCCUAAAGAUCCAGAACUUAAACGCAGCUGGGUAGAAUACUGUAAAAUCCCGAAACCCUUCAGCUGGAAGCUUUUCUUGCCACACCCGAAAAUUCCCGUGUGGAUGAAGAAGCGAUAAACAUCGAUAACAAAGACAUAGCUUUUCAAAACCAAAGAUUCUUUCAACAAGUAUUUGUUUUAGAUUUCAAUUUCUGCUACAACUAAUCAAAUCUUCUUAUGGGCAUUUGCACAAUUGAGUGCAAUAAAUAAUUUUGAUUUUA